AUGGCCACUGGCAUGUACAUGGACACGAGGCUGCAGCAGCAGUUCUGGGGCUAUGGCGGCUAUUCGCAGCGCGAUCUCUACGAGCCUCCUCCGCCGAUCCCCAACCCCAGUCCCCCCAUCGGGCGCCUUUCGCGUCCCCCGCUACUCGUCAUUCCGCCGAUCGUUCCGGCUCCGCUCACCCCCACCCCUGUCGCGCUGAUGCGGGAGAUUGAGCGCUACAACCGGAAGAAGAACGCGGAGCGGGCGGAACGCCUAGCUGCGGAUCGUCCCGCCGGUCCCCCCGUGCGCCCGCGCAGGCGGAGGGUUUGGGACUAUAUGUUCUUUGACCUUCCCCCGACGCCCCCUCCCCGACGCGCGUCUGCUCCCGCCGCGCCCGUCACUCACGUUGCUCUGUCGGAACCACUUCUAGUCCUCACUGCUAGUACCGCGCCCGCGCCUAACACUGCUAAUACGGCGAUCAACACUGCUCCCGCGCCUGUCGUUCGCGCCUCUCCGUUGCAGCCGCUUAAAGAGCUCAACGGCACGCUGCCACCGCCGCUGCCGCUGCCACUCUCCGCAUCGAACGUGCUCGUUCCAGUGGACGGCAAGGCGGCGAGAUCGCGCAAGCUGUUACCCGAGCGUCUCUUAUCGAGUCCUGGAACGUCAGGAAUGCCGCAUGCUGCUGCUGCAAAGAAGCGUCACAGGGAACCAUUCGCGUGUUCUGUCGACCUGCACGCCCUUGGCUCGCUCCUCUGCUCCUGCCUCUCCGCUCUGCAGCUGCACACACUAGGGGAAAGCUCAGAGAGCCAAAUCUCAGAGGUUCAAAGCUGGAUGGAGGGAGAUGGGACGGCUAUGCCUGCAGCUGUGACUGCAACUGCAACAGGAGGAGCUGUGACGUCAGCAGGGCUGAAGGAUAUGCUGCUGGUGCAGGCAAGAGCACAGGACUGUGAGGUCGUCAGCGUGAUAGAAGAGGAAGGAGGCGAAGUUGCAGGGUGGGAGGAAAUUCCGGUUUCUCUGCGCCUGCAGCCCCAGCGCCCGCUGUCACCGCUUGCCCCACUGCAAUCCCCUUUAUCAGCCGCCUCGGUACAAGCACUUCCGCCGCUAGUGUUCCAACCACCGUUGAUAUUAACUGGGUCAUUGCCUUCAGAGAAGGUGCUUCAUCCUGGCCGUCGGUGGAGCCCCUCGUCUGUUCUGGCCUCACAUUCCCCUGCCUCUGACACUUCAUCAUGA